AUGGGAUUAUGCCACUCGAUUACUCAUUUUCAAGGAGAAAUAAACUUCGAAGUCACCCAAGCUGAUUACUAACAUGGCUAGUAUAGUGGUUCAGUCUUAAUCAACAAUCCGACUAUGGAUAACACUCAUCAUUUAUAUGUCAAUCUGAUUGGGAUCGAGCAAAUUACCACAAAAGGAUUCACAGUAUCCAACCAAUUUCUCGAUAUCAACCUCAUGCGACGAAAACUAAACGGAGAAGCCCAACUGCACAUUCCUUUUGAUUAGCGCAUUCAAUGGGAACCCAUUUAUCAGAAUUACUACUCUAUAAUCUCCGAUUAAACACUCUCCACAAUCGUAUACUUAGAAUGUUUCUUAGCUAAAAGUUCUUCAGCCACUUCAUUGAGCAGCAGCAUUGUACCAAAUACCAGACAGAUUCAAGUAGUCAAAACAAAAAAGAACAGAUACGAUAUCAAACCAAUUUCACUCAAUUAUGAACCUAAAUUCGCAGGUUUCGCUCCGAUUCUUUAGUUCAAUUUGGAGAAGAAUGCUUAUCGAAUAGGUGAACAUUUAAAAGGCAAAUUGCUUGUUGACAACACUAGAUCCCAAUUUGCUUUAGUUAAGAAUCAGAUUACGAUUUUGUAAAUAAUUGAUUUACUAUUUAAAAAUGAUACCAAAUAUAAACGAUUACCUCCACAAACGAUGAUCUAACAAAGAUUGGAUAACAUGCACAGUGAGAAGAGAAAUCUAGACAUUGAUAUUGCAAUUUCCUAAUCUUUUAAUGAUGCAUGCACCUACCCAGGAAGACUGUACAAAGUUAACUAUGUAAUUCAGUUAGAAUUUAUGUGGGAGGACUAACAAACUUACGUAAUGUCUAAUGAAAUUGUAAUUUAUAAUGAAAAUGAUUGAAUACUUUUAGCAGAGUUUAAACUAUAUAUU